AUGGCCUCCAUCGGCGGAAACGCCGCAGCACAAUCGAUCCCGCCACCUCCCUACUCACGCACUUUCAGCUUGAACGACAGCACACUACCAGACUACACCUGCACCAUCUUCCUCUCAACCACCGCCCUCCUCAAAGCCGAGCUCAUCGCUCCCUGGCGUGCCUCUGGCCAUCGAUCAUGGAAAUGCGUCCACAGCAAGCUCCAAGGCACCCGACUCGUAGUCACUUCAACCCGGCGCUCAACGAGUCUCGGCCUACAGGGAGCAGAAGUUGGUCUGGCUUCCGACUACUACCGUCGCUCUAAUGUCGUUCGCAUCAGAGCCGAGGGCUGGCAGUUCCUUCUCGCGUUGCCGUCGAUGGCGGCGUGUAUUGAGUGGAUUGAGAAGAUCACCGAGGCUAUCAGUAUCAGUCCGCCGCUCGAGGACUGGGUUGAGCCUGGGUACCCGAAGCAAGCGGAGCCGAAUGUCAAAGUGAGGACUGCUGCGAGCAGGGACGAGCUGCAGAGACAGUGGAGGGAACGAUGGCGAAGAAGGAGUCGGAGUCAGACCUGGUUGCGGCUUUCGUCGCAGGACCAGCCCUGUCCUGGUUCAGAUGUGAUUGAUGAGCUCCAUCGAUGCUCGAGGAGCAAAUUGCAGCAAGCUCUCGGUCUCAGUCACUCACAGGACUCGAUUGGGACGGCUACUUCUGGUACAGAACGUCCGUCCGACGAAAUGGUUGCACUGCCACAUGCAGACGCUGCGGAACCAGCUGUGCGAGAGCGCGCGGAGAUGGUUAAGGGUUGUGGGAGCGACGCACAGAGAGCGCCUCCGCCAGCUGGGCUUCCUCGUAGUGUGCCGUGGAUGUUGUACGGUUCACCGUGGAACAAAGCCUGGAAUCAGAGCCCUCGGACUGAGGAGUUGGUCAAGUCGUGGAGACCAAGACACUUUUCUGCUUGUAUUUGCCCGCAGUGUGCAGGUCACGAAGAGCAGACAUGA